AUGGCGACAACGGCACCCGUCCCAAGCUCAACCGAGCAGCUCGUGCGCAUGUCAGCCAAACGGACAAGAGAGAUAUUCGCGGCAGACUUCGCGUCGUCAGUCGCCCUCGAUCAUACGGCGAACUCUGCAUUCUCCAUCACCGCCACUACCCCCGCGCCAUCCACGGCCGCCGACCAGGUCAACGUCGCUGCGCGCAUACGGAACGAAUACGAGCAUGUGCGCCAACUGCCCCCGGCCUUGGCUGCUAAGAUGGCGGCGGCAGCCUCGACAGCGGCAGAGCGGCGCAAAAAGAUCAAGAGCCAGAACGCGGAAGAGCAGGCGUCAGAUCCCAAGAUGCGCAAGAUGAUCGACGGCGCAUCUGAGAAGGCGGACAAGGCAAAGGACGCACAGUCCAUGGCUUUGACACUGAGGGCUGGAGGAAAGGGCGCAGCUCCCAACGCGAACGGCCCCACGCCCAAUCGAAACGCAACUUCGAGCUCGCUGGUGCGCAAGGACACUGUCAGGCAAACAAAGCCCGAAUGGCACCAGCCAUGGAAGGUUUCAAGGGUCAUGGCGGGCCACAUGGGAUGGGUGCGGUCGCUGGCUGUGGAUCCAGACAACAAAUUCUUCGCCAGUGGUGCAGCCGACAGGACGAUCAAGCUCUGGGAUCUUGCGAGUGGACAGCUCAAGCUUACACUGACUGGCCACAUCAGCGCCGUCCGUGGGUUGGAGAUCUCGCCGCGACACCCGUAUCUGUUCUCGUGUGGUGAGGACAAGAUGGUCAAAUGCUGGGACUUGGAGACAAACAAGGUCAUUCGCCACUACCACGGACAUCUCAGUGGUGUCUACACACUUGCGCUGCACCCAACGCUGGACGUGCUGAUUACUGGUGGCCGCGACGGUGUUGCCAGAGUCUGGGACAUGCGAACCAGGACAAACGUACACGUGCUGAGCGGGCACAAGGGCACUAUUUCGAGCAUCAAGGCGCAAGAGGCCGAUCCCCAGGUCAUCACAGGUUCCAUGGACUCGACCAUUCGUCUCUGGGACUUGGCGGCUGGCAAGACACAGACAGUAUUGACACACCACAAGAAGUCGGUCAGAGCGCUAGCGCUACACCCAAAGGAGUUCACGUUUGCAUCCGGCAGCUCGCAGUCGAUCAAGCAGUGGAUGUGCCCACGGGGUGACUUUAUGCUCAACUUCCAGCCGGCCAACAGCAUCGUCAACACCCUGUCGGUUAACAACGACAACGUCAUGUUCUCCGGCGGCGACGAUGGCUCGAUGUCUUUCUGGGACUGGAAGACUGGGCAUCGAUUCCAGCACACGGACCAGAUUGCGCAGCCUGGUUCCCUGGACGCAGAGGCAGGCGUCAUGUGCUCUACCUACGACAAGACCGGACUCAGGUUGAUCGUCGGUGGCUCAGACAAGUCGAUCCAGGUCUGGAAGAAGGACGAGAACGCGACAGAGGAGACGCAUCCGUUGGAUUGGCAGCCGACGCUGGGCAGGCAGAAGUUCUAG